AUGGAUGAGCUACCGGACGAGCUGCUCCUGAUUAUUCUCAUAUAUGUGCCCAAAACGCCUUCAACGCUGGCGCGUCUCUCCCUCGUCAAUAGACAAGUGAAUCGCAUUGCAACUCCAUUCUUCUACGAGCAAUUUUCGUCAGGAGAUGCAUUCUCUUGUAAUCGCUAUUUGGAAACAAUUUCUGCCCAUCCCACACUUGGGCGGCAAGUACGCAGACUAAACUGGCGAGGGCUGACAAACUGGGAAGAGGACGAAGCUGACGAGCUUUUCACAAAAGUUAUUGCACACCAACCCAACCUGCGACAAGUUUCCUGGAACAACAUGAGAUCCAUCAAGAACUUGGCCUCGGAAAGACACGACUAUCCCAAUAGGGCUCAAAAUGACCCGGUGGUUGAAGAACGGUGCGGCAUCAAGCCGUUUCGAGAAGGCUGGCUUGGGCACAACGGAUUUUCCACUAGCACCAUAUUUCGGAAUCUCCGGUCAGCAAGGCUUGCUAUGCGACACCUUCGACUCAGUGACAUAGUUUGGUUGAUGCGUAUACCGACUCUCCGAAAGCUAUGGCUUGAUGCAGUCACACGCUAUGAGUCAGAGGACAAUGUACCGCGAUCCCUCGAACCGCUGAUUUCAAAUAUCAAUGAUCUCGAUAUUCGAUUACACAAUCGAAAGCUACCAAGCACUGAAGAUAUUGUCAGCAUUGUCACUGCAUGCCGGUGUCUUACCCGACUUUCUCUCAAUGUCCGUAUAGAUAUCUCUACAAUGAGCGAGGCAGAUGGAAAGCUGCAGAAGCUGAAGAUGGCCAUUGAAAUGCACUCUACGACGCUUCGUAGCUUGUUCCUGAAUCUAGAGUACUCCCCCAGCCCGAUAGACCAGAGAUUCCUUCCAAAUAUGGAGAUGGUCCAGAUACUCAGCAUCAAUCCCCGCUCCGUACCCUGGUUACUGCUCAACACGAUACACAAACUACCUCGCACUAUACGCACUAUCCGGAUUCUGCCAGACCAGUCACGCUUACUAAGGGUACUUCUGACAUGGCCGACAGAAUCUCAACUUCCUAUGAACACGGCGCUACUAGAGAAGUGCUGA